AUGAAAAUAGGAUUUAUACCUUUACAGUUAGACACGAUAUGUAGAUAUAGAAUCAUAAUUUUUAAGAAAUUAUAUUAUAAAUUUAUAUAUAUUUCAUUCACGUGUGCAAAAUUAUUAAAUAUAAACAAAAUAAUAAUGAAUACUGUAAAAAAUAAUUGUGAAAUUGGAAAUGGUUUAGAUGAUCUUGGUAUACCUGGACAAGGUUUUUUAAGAGAUGCCUUAACAAGUUGUACAGAUCCAUUAAAAGCAAUUGAAGAAUUUCAAUUAGAAAAUGGUAUUCUACUUCCAUCCUUAAGACCUAUGUUACCUUUGCUUGAUCUUCAUGGAGUAAGAAGACUAGAUUUUCAUGCAUCAGUUCUCGAAGAAUUAAGAGAAAAAUUAAUAAAAAGAAUCAAUGAAAUUGGGACAGAAAGAGCAGAUAAAGGUUCAUCAGGAGAUAGAAGAUUAAAAGAAUUAUUAUCUAAAAGUUUUCCUGCUGUAAGAGUUACAGCACUAAGGCCAGUUGUUAUGUGUAUUUUAAGAAAUACGCCACAUAUAGAAGAUAAAUAUUUACGAGUACUUGUUCGAGAAAAAGAAUUAUAUAAUGAUGCAGAUACUGAAGUUAAACGUCAAAUUUGGAAAGAUAAUCAAAGUUUAUUUGGAGAUGAAGUUUCUCCAUUAUUUAGCCGAUACAUUAUUGAAAAAGAACAGAUAUUAUUUGAUCAUCGUAAUUUAAAUAGUCUUUUCUUUAUGCCUUCUCCAAAGGUAAGAAGACAAGGUGAAGUGGUACAAAAAUUAGCACAUAUGAUUGGACAUAGUGUAAAAUUAUAUGAUAUGGUGUUACAAUUUUUAAGAACUUUAUUUUUACGUACAAAAAAUAUACAUUACUGUACAUUAAGAGCAGAAUUAUUAAUGGCCUUACAUGAUUUAGAGGUACAAGAUAUUAUUUCUGUUGAUCCAUGUCAUAAAUUUACUUGGUGUCUUGAUGCAUGUAUUAGAGAAAAAAAUGUUGAUAUUAAAAGAUCCCGUGAAUUACAAGGUUUUCUGGAUAGUAUUAAGAGAGGUCAAGAACAAGUAUUGGGAGAUUUAAGUAUGAUAUUGUGUGAUCCAUAUGCAGUAAAUUUCCUUGCUAGUAGUGCCAUUAAAAUUGCACUUCAUUUGAUAAAUGGUGAAGCAUUACCUAGAGAAAAUGCAGUUCUUGUAUUGUUACUCAGAAUGCUUGCAUUAGGUUUAUCUGCUUGGCAAAUGAUUGAUUCGCAAGAUUUUAAAGAACCAAAAUUAGAUAGUCAAGUUGUAACAAAGUUUUUACCUGCACUUAUGUCUUUAAUGGUAGAUGAUCAAAUAAGACAACUAAAUUGUAAACUUCCACCUGAUGAGAGAGAAAGUGCAAUUGCUAUAAUAGAACAUUCUGGUCCUCCUCCUGAUGCUUGUCAAGCAUAUGCACAACUUUCAGGUGUUGCUGCUGUUUUAUCUAUGUAUUAUGCUUUACAUGUAGGAGGUGGUGGUGGAGUAGGAAAAGGAAGAGGUGAUGCUAGGGGUCUAAUGAGAGUAUUAGCUACUUUACCAAAUUGUCAAGCACAACGUGCGUUUGAAGAUCCCUUUUUACACACUUUGGUAUCUUUAUUAAUAUUAAACAUGGCUGAUGAAUUUUCUAAUGAAUCAUUUUGUACAGUUAUAUUUGAUGAAUUUUUUCUAGCCGGAUUAGGUAGAGAUAAUGUUACGCGACAUUUACUAAAAUUACUUUGGUACAUUCAUCCAAAAUUACCACCAACUCGUCUUCAUACAUUAAUGAAAGCACUCCAACCAACUAGUCAGCAUAAUGAAGCAGUACAUAAUCUUUACGAAGCUUUACGUGAUAAAAUUGGAAAUCGUUCAACAGAAGAUCAAUUAACAACAACAGCACAAAUGGAUACAUUAGGACUCGAAUGUCCACCUUCUCCUCUUACUGGUGUACCUACACCAUCUUCUUGUUCAUUAUAACUACAAUAUAAUAUAUUAUUUAAUUUUAUGUAAUUUUCAUAUUAUGUAUUUUUUUGUACAUUCACGAAUAUAACUUAACAAUUUAAUUU